GUUUCUGGUGGUCCCACGACAGACUCAUCCUGCUUCCAAGUCCUUCACUAUGAGAUGCGCGGAACUCCUCCUGGUAGCGGCCAGCCUGGCUGCUACCAUUGAUGCCCAUAUUCUAAAGCCUCUGCAUAAGAAAGAGGCUUCUGUGUUGGAAGUUACUCUAACUCCAGCGGAAACGGGCGGUGUUGCUGAACUGGUUGCGACUAUAAAAAAUACUGGUCUCACAGAUCUUAACCUUCUAAAGAUUGGAACCCUGCUCGACGAGAGUUUACCUGUCCAGAAGGUCUUGGCAGUGGAUGAGUCAGGCAUUGAGGCUAGAUUCAAGGGGAUUCACGCAAGCAUUCGCUAUGAUGCUCUCACAGCUGAGAAUUUCCGCCUCCUGAAGGCUUCCGAAUCUGUGAGCACCAAUAUUAGUGCCGCUAGCAUUCAUGACUUCGCCAAUUCUGGAACAUACACAUUUACGGCCGCCGGAGUGAUGCCUGUGGCCUCAGCCGGAUCUACGAAAUUAUCCGGACCUGCGCUCGACUUCCAAUCGAACAGUGUCAGUCUACACGUUGACGCGCAAGCAGCCGCUGCAGUGCCCAAAGUUCUAAGCUUCAAACCCCUGGAAGCACGCACCAACGUCCAAGAUGGUUGCAAUGCUACUCAGUUAGCGGCUAGCACCGCAGCUCUUGAGCACUGCGUGACCCUGGCCCUUGCCGCCGCCGCGGAUGCCAAGGACCCGUCUUCAGCUCGCUUUGUCGAGUACUUCAAAACCAAUUCAUCGGAUACGCGGCAGAUCGUGGUAGACCGGCUAACAGCGGUCUCAAAGGAAUGUUCGACGACCAACUCGGGACCGUCGCGGUACUUUUGCUACGACUAUUAUUCCCUAUGCGAAAUUGAAGGGCCUCUGAACGCGUAUACUGCGUGGGAUGUGGACACAGUGGUUAUGUGUCCGCUAUUUUACGAUACGCUUCCCCCUCUGCCGCAGGCAUGCCACCAUCAAGAUCAGGCCACGACCACAAUUCAUGAGAUGACGCAUUGCGAAGAGGUCUAUAAGCCUCAUACGAAUGACUAUGCGUAUGGUUAUAACGAGAGCACCGCGCUACCCGCGGACCGCGCUUUACAGAAUGCGGACAAUUACUCCCUGUUCGCGAAUGCUGUCUAUAUGAAGUGCUAGCCGGUACCUGGAGCAAAGGGAGCGAUUAGACCUAGGGUAGGUAGGUGGUAGGCACUCGAUAGGAGAAGUCAUAUGAUAAAAUAAGCCGAACUACAUAAACUACACCAAUACAAUUCUUAGUAGCUAAAUAGCUAAAUAGACUUCAGUUUACGGAUGAAGAAUACACAUUUGGAAGUCUUAGCACCUACAU